GCAGCGGCGGCGGCGGUGGCGGCGGAGCCUCCGGCGGGACGGCGAGCGGCGGUGGAGGAGGAGAAGAAGCAGCCCGCGCGCGGGGUCGGGCGUUUUUAAAAUAUUUAAUCAUUCAUGAGUUGAGCUUCAUUCUUGAGUCAUGGAUGACAAGGCUUCUGUUGGAAAAAUCAGUGUCUCCUCAGACUCAGUAUCUACUCUUAAUAGUGAAGAUUUUGUCUUGGUUUCCAGGCAAGGAGAUGAAACACCAUCUACAAAUAAUGGAAGUGACGACGAGAAAACAGGACUCAAGAUUAUAGGGAAUGGAAGUGAGCAGCAGCUGCAGAAAGAGCUAGCAGAUGUGCUGAUGGAUCCUCCAAUGGAUGACCAGCUGGGGGACAAGGAGCUUGUGGAAAGGUCGCACCUGGAUGGCGAAGGAGAUGAGCCUCUUUCGAAUCAACUCUCCGCAUCCUCCACCAUUAACCCGGUGCCAUUAGUAGGGCUCCCAAAACCAGACAUGAGCCUGCCGGUGAAAUCUGGACAAGGAGAUUCCGGCGAGUCGAGUCCCUUCACACCCGUGGCUGACGAGGACAGCGUAGUUUUCAGUAAACUAACUUACUUAGGCUGUGCCUCGGUGAAUGCCCCCAGGAGUGAGGUGGAGGCCUUACGGAUGAUGUCCAUCUUACGAAGCCAGCUGCAGAUUUCACUAGAUGUGACCUUAUCGGUGCCGAAUGUAUCAGAAGGGACUGUGAGACUCUUAGAUCCUCAGACAAACACUGAAAUCGCAAACUACCCUAUCUACAAAAUCCUCUUCUGUGUCAGAGGGCAUGAUGGAACUCCUGAAAGUGACUGCUUUGCUUUCACUGAGAGCCAUUACAAUGCAGAGCUCUUCAGGAUACAUGUCUUCCGCUGUGAAAUACAAGAAGCCGUAAGCCGGAUACUUUAUAGUUUCGCCACUGCUUUCCGUCGUUCUGCCAAGCAGACUCCACUUUCAGCCACAGCUGCACCUCAGACUCCUGACAGUGACAUCUUUACCUUCUCUGUGUCUUUAGAAAUAAAAGAAGAUGAUGGUAAAGGUUAUUUUAGUGCAGUUCCUAAAGAUAAGGACAGACAAUGCUUUAAAUUACGCCAAGGGAUUGAUAAGAAGAUUGUUAUCUAUGUGCAACAAACAACUAAUAAAGAACUGGCAAUUGAAAGAUGUUUUGGGCUUCUCCUUAGUCCUGGAAAAGAUGUAAAAAAUAGUGACAUGCACUUACUAGAUUUGGAAUCUAUGGGCAAAAGUUCCGAUGGAAAGUCCUAUGUAAUUACUGGGAGCUGGAACCCAAAAUCACCUCAUUUUCAAGUUGUAAAUGAAGAAACUCCUAAAGAUAAAGUGCUGUUCAUGACCACUGCUGUGGACUUGGUGAUCACAGAAGUUCAGGAACCUGUUCGCUUUCUCCUAGAGACAAAAGUCCGCGUGUGCUCACCUAAUGAGAGAUUGUUCUGGCCCUUCAGCAAACGUAGCACUACUGAGAAUUUCUUUUUGAAAUUAAAACAGAUAAAGCAAAAGGAGAGAAAGAAUAAUACCGACACUUUAUAUGAAGUUGUAUGCUUAGAAAGUGAAUCCGAAAGAGAGAGAAGGAAAACUACUGCAAGCCCCUCAGUUUGCCUCCCACAGUCUGGAUCUCAGAGUUCAAUGAUACCGUCUCCUCCAGAGGAUGAUGAAGAAGAAGAUAAUGAUGAGCCCCUCUUGAGUGGAUCUGGUGAUGUGUCCAAAGAAUGUGCCGAAAAAAUUCUUGAAACGUGGGGAGAACUGCUCUCAAAAUGGCAUCUCAAUUUGAGUGUGAGGCCAAAGCAGUUGUCCUCGUUAGUAAGAAGUGGGGUACCGGAAGCACUUCGAGGGGAAGUCUGGCAGCUGCUAGCUGGUUGUCACAACAAUGACCACUUGGUAGAAAAAUACCGAAUUCUCAUCACAAAGGAGUCUCCCCAGGACAGUGCUAUCACCCGAGAUAUUAAUCGGACAUUCCCAGCCCAUGAUUACUUUAAGGACACCGGAGGAGAUGGACAAGAUUCUUUAUAUAAAAUAUGCAAGGCUUAUUCUGUGUAUGAUGAGGAGAUUGGCUACUGCCAGGGCCAGUCAUUUCUUGCUGCUGUUUUGCUUCUACAUAUGCCCGAAGAACAGGCCUUCAGUGUUCUGGUCAAGAUUAUGUUUGAUUAUGGACUCAGGGAACUUUUCAAGCAGAAUUUUGAAGAUUUACACUGCAAAUUUUACCAAUUGGAGCGCCUCAUGCAGGAGUACAUUCCAGACCUGUACAACCACUUUUUGGACAUCAGCCUAGAAGCGCACAUGUAUGCCUCUCAGUGGUUCCUGACUCUCUUCACAGCAAAGUUCCCACUCUACAUGGUCUUCCAUAUCAUCGACCUGCUGUUAUGUGAGGGAAUAAGUGUGAUUUUUAAUGUCGCCCUUGGAUUGCUAAAGACUUCCAAGGAUGAUUUGCUAUUAACUGACUUUGAAGGUGCCUUGAAAUUCUUCAGGGUUCAGCUUCCUAAGAGAUACCGCUCAGAAGAAAAUGCAAAGAAAUUAAUGGAAUUAGCUUGCAACAUGAAGAUCAGUCAGAAGAAGUUGAAAAAAUAUGAGAAAGAAUAUCACACCAUGAGGGAACAGCAAGCCCAACAAGAAGAUCCCAUUGAGCGAUUCGAGAGGGAAAAUAGGCGUCUACAGGAAGCGAACAUGAGGUUGGAACAGGAAAAUGAUGACUUGGCCCAUGAGCUGGUUACCAGCAAGAUCGCUCUGCGGAAGGACCUGGAUAACGCAGAGGAGAAGGCAGAUGCACUGAACAAGGAGCUGCUCAUGACCAAGCAGAAGCUGAUUGACGCAGAAGAGGAGAAGAGGCGGCUGGAAGGGGAGUCCGCCCAGUUAAAAGAAAUGUGCCGGCGGGAGCUUGACAAGGCUGAGUCUGAGAUUAAGAAGAACAGCUCCAUCAUUGGUGACUACAAGCAGAUUUGUUCUCAGUUGAGCGAAAGAUUGGAGAAGCAGCAGACCGCUAAUAAAGUAGAAAUUGAGAAGAUUCGGCAAAAAGUGGAUGACUGCGAGCGCUGCCGGGAGUUUUUCAACAAAGAAGGACGCAUAAAGGGCAUCAGCUCAGCCAAGGAUGUUGUGGAUGAGGACACAGAUGAAGAGAAGGAGGCCCUCAAGAACCAACUGAGAGAGAUGGAGCUGGAACUGGCGCAAACCAAGCUGCAGCUGGUAGAAGCUGAGUGUAAGAUACAGGACUUGGAGCACCACUUAGGCCUCGCCCUCAAUGAGGUCCAGGCAGCCAAGAAGACGUGGUUUAACCGCACACUGAGCUCCAUCAAGACAGCCACUGGCGUUCAAGGGAAAGAGACGUGCUGAGACAGCCGCUGCCCCUAGCCGGCCUUCCGCAAACAAGACACCUUUCGUUGCCUUCUUUGGCCAGAUGUGUGACUCUGACAUGUCCCAGGGCCGGGAUGUAGCUAAGUCUGAUCCGUAGACGCAUGUUGGUAGGUCUUUGGACCAGAGCUCACGAAAGCACCAGCCUCCAUGGGGCAAGGGUAGGGCGCCCUCUUAACUACUGACACUAACAGGCCUGCUAGCGCGGCCACUGCUCUAGAGCAGCACUCCUUGCCUUGGGGGGGGUCAGCGUGGGGGCUGCAAUAGCCCCUGGCCCAGGGGCCAUGGUGGCCUGGUCAGUUUGGGGAUCCUUCAGGCUGUUGGGGUUUUUUCUAAACCUUUAACCUUUUUUUUUUUUAAGAAAAUAUACAUAUUAUAUAUAUAAAUAUAUAUAUGGGGUGAGGGAAGGGCAGGGAGGAGUAAGGACUAAUUCUUACGUUUUGGUGCCAGCAGAGGGCAUCGCAGUAGACGUGAAGACGCACUUUGAUAGGAGGGUUCCUGGCGGUAGUUGAAGCCACCUAGUUUUUGUUCAGCUAUGUGAUGCACAGGAAGUUGGUUUGGCAUAUUCACCUGUUUUUGGUCAAUUCUAUGCAACUAUUACACAUGGUUCCUGUUGUUCUAGUGGUAGCUGCCAAAGUAACACAGGGCUGGGCUGGGUGACUUGAACUGUCAGAAUCACGUGGACAAAUCCUAUUUUGCUUAUGUGUCAUAUGUGUGUGUACAUAUAUAUAUAUGCCUAUAUAUAUAUAUAUAUAUAUAUCUAUCUUCGCCCACGGACCCCAACUUACAGUGUUGAAACCCCUGACCAAGACUAACCCGCACAACUUCCUUCUGUGGUUAUUUGGCACUUAACUCACUCCAGCCGUGCCCGGCUCUGCACUCUUCCCCGCUGGCUGUUGCUGCACACCCUGAGGUGCUCCCUUUGAACCUCAAGGUUCCAAGAGUCUUCGCACAACAAGCCAGAUGAGAAGACACUGAACUUGUGUGUUCAUGCGUCCAUGAGUAUGUACAUGCAGGGCACACAUGCGGCGAGGCCCCGUCCUGCUGGCCUGUGGGUCACACUCCUUGCUGCCCAGGGCCUCCCCAGGAAGGGGGCUGGGUGGGAACCUGGAUGUGCAGACUCUGCCUAAGGAAUGAAGCAGGACGGAUGGGGUCAGCACCUUUUUAAAAUACUUUUAAUUUAUACGGUGAUAGCCGACAGGCUUUUACAAGAGCACUGGUUUGUAUAUAGACACUUGGUUUUUGUACCCCCCUCACCCCAAGUCUGUACUAAUGCUUGCUGAGGUACUGGGGAGGUCGUGGCAACCUCUGACACUCACACCGGCCCCUCCACUUGUCUUUCUCGUUCAGUUACCCAAACAGCUGUAAGCCCAUCUCCAACUAGGUGAGUGGACAUUGUGCUAGGUAGCUUGUGUGUCGACUUUAUGAAUUGAAAUAUAAACAAGUAAAAAUUGUGUUACUAUUUCUUUUGGUUUUAUUUUAACAAGCAUAUUCAUUAAAUAUUUUGGUAAAAACAG